AUGCCAGCGUCACAUUCUACUUCUACAAGACCUCCAUUUGUUGCUUUAGAAACGAGCAUGGGAAUGAUCUGUAUCGAACUGUAUUGGGACCAUGCUCCGAGAACGUGUAAAAAUUUUGCUGAACUGGCCCGGCGAGGAUACUACAAUGGAACCAUAUUUCAUAGGAUAAUUGCCGAUUUCAUGAUACAAGGCGGAGAUCCUACUGGAACCGGUCGUGGUGGUGCAUCAAUCUAUGGUGACAGAUUUCCGGAUGAAAUCCAUGACAAUUUAAAGCACAGUGGUGCUGGGAUUAUUUCUAUGGCUAACACUGGACCAAAUACGAAUGGUUCACAGUUUUUCAUAACUUUAGCACCAGCACAACACCUGGAUGGAAAACAUACAAUUUUUGGACGAGUUGCGGCCGGAAUGAGAGCUGUACAAAGGAUUGGACUAGUAGAUACAGAUGCUCAUGAUGGACCAAAAAGUACACACAUUUCCGUUACCCAGAAUAUGAUUUACGAGUGGGAUGAAAUGGGCGUGUUUGUUGUGCCUGCAUGUAUGUAUGUAUGUGUGUGUGUGUGUGUGUGUGUGUGUGUGUGUGUGUGUGUGUGUGUGUGUGUGUGUGUGUGUGUGUGUGUGUGUGUGUCCGUAUUUGGGAAAGUUAAUGUAAGCUGA